AUGCCUAAAAAACCUAGCUUCGUCUUUGUCCUCUCGUCUCAAGCAAUUUUGCCCAGUCGAGGGACCCCUACUGGCUGGUAUCUGCCAGAGCUUGUCCAUCCUUACAACAAACUGGCACCCCAUUUCAAUAUCGUCGUUGCCUCUCCAGCUGGUGGGGAAGCACCUUUGGAUCCUUACUCCGUUGAAGCAACUAAAGAUGACGCCGAGUGUCAGGAAUUUUUGAAGGAAAAUCAGAAUGUCUGGAAAGAAACGGUGAAGCUAUCUUCGUUGCUCGGAAGAUCUGCUGAGUUUUCCGGAAUCUUUUACGUUGGUGGACAUGGCCCAAUGUUUGACCUUGCAAAUGACUACGUUUCACAGUGUUUGAUUCGCGAGUUCUACGAGUCAAGCAAAGUUGUGUCAGCCGUGUGCCAUGGCCCAGCUGCUUUUGUGAAUGUCAAGCUAUCCAAUGGAACAUAUCUGGUUUCCGGCCAGGCGAUUACUGGCCUUUCCGACGCAGAGGAAGAAGCUAUGCAGUUCACCAAAGACAUGCCAUUCCUUUUGGAGUCCGAAAUUCGUAACCGUGGAGGAAAGUAUGAGAGCGCUGAUCAUUUAUUCGGCGUGAAGGUGGUCGCCAGCGGUGAAGGCGGGAAGUUGGUCACGGGUCAAAAUCCACCAAGCGCCGCUGUAAUUGGCGAUACCUUGCUCCAGGCUCUUUCUUAG